AUGGCAGGCUAUAAAAUUGAAUUCAUGCCUGAGGCGAUCUGUGACCAUAAUUGGUCUCGCAAUCCUGAAACAAAAUUUAAUGAUAAAGAACAAUGCAUCAUAGACAAUGAAAUUGAUAAGCUUAUCUGCAUGGGAGUAAUUGAAGUUAGACAGCACUGUGAAGAGGAAUUCAUAUCCCCAAUAUUCAUUCGUGCCAAGAAAGAUGGCAGUCAUAGACUGAUAUUAAACCUCAAAGAUUUAAACACCAAUGUUGAAUAUCACCAUUUGAAAAUGGAAACCCUACAGUCAGCUGUUGCUCUAAUGAGACCAGGGUGCCAUAUGGCAUCGAUCGACCUCCGAGAUGCUUAUUAUUCUGUUCCUAUUGACGUAAACUACAAAAAAUACCUAAAAUUUUACUGGAAAGGCACACUUUACCAGUUUACAUGCUUGCCUAAUGGACUAGCUUCUGCCCCACGGGUGUUUACCAAGAUUGUAAAACCAAUAUAUGCUAUGCUGAGACAGCUGGGCUAUCUUAAUGCAAGCUACAUUGAUGACUCUUUUCUCGAAGGUGACACUAGGCAAGAAUGUAAAGAUGUUUUGCAAACUGACGAAUUGUUGAAUCUGGCAGGGUUUAUUAUCCAUCCAGAUAAAUCUGUCUAUGAACCUGUACAAAAGCUUACCUUUUUGGGCUUUGUCAUGGACUCCAUUAAAAUGCGAGUUACAUUAACACCAGAGAAAACA